AUGGCUUCCCUCCCGCAGACGUACAAGGCGGCCGUGAUCAAGUCGGUGCGCGCACCGCUUGAGAUUGUCGACCAGGAGCUGAAGAAGCCCGGCCCAGGCCAGGUCCUUGUCAAGGUACUGGCCUGCGGCGUCUGCCAUUCCGACGUGGUAGUCCAGGAGGGAGGCUUUGGUGACGGCUUGUUCCCUCGAGUGCCUGGCCAUGAGAUCAUUGGCGAUGUGGUGGCAAUUGGCGAUGGCGUAACAAGAUUCCAAGGCGGAGAGAGGGUCGGAGGUGCCUGGCACGGAGGCCACGAUGGAACAUGCCCCCAGUGCCAGAAGGGCUUCUUCCAGACAUGCCAAAACACGGCGGUCAACGGCGUGUCGAUGGAUGGCGGGUACGCCGAGUACGUGCUUCUCCGGGCGGAAGCCGUCGUCCGGGUGCCGAAGAACAUGGACCCGGCGGACUCGGCGCCGCUCCUCUGCGCUGGGGUGACGGUGUUCAACAGCAUCCGCAAACAGGGCAUCGAGCACGGCAGCCUCGUGGUGAUCCAGGGUCUCGGCGGACUGGGCCACCUCGGGGUGCAGUACGCCAACAAGAUGGGGUACAAGGUGGCGGUUCUCAGCUCGGGGUCGUCCAAGAAGGAGUUUGCGUCGAAGCUGGGUGCGCACGAGUACAUUGAUACCAGCGCGGAGGACCCAGUCAAGAGGCUGCAGGAGCUCGGGGGUGCGGCGUUGAUCGUGGCGACGGCACCUCACGCUAAGGCCAUCUCGCCUCUCACUGGCGGACUGAUGCCCGGGGGCAAGCUGCUGGUGCUGGCGCCGGUCGGGAAGCUGGAGGUGGACUCAGUGGACCUGAUCAUCGGCGGCAAGUCGGUGGGCGGGUGGCCGAGCGGACAUCAGAUUGACACGGAGGUGGCGCUCGACUUUGCGGCGACUCACGGGGUCAAGUGCAUGGUCGAGAAGUUUCCUCUGGCGGAGGCGAGGAAGGCGUCGGAGCACAUGAUUUCGAACACGAGGUCCCCCCAGGACAUCUGGUUCAUCAGCGGCGUAUCCCUGGCAGUCCUCCCCUGGCCCGAUGAUCCCAUCAAGUCCAACGCUCUGUUCCUCAAUCCCAUCCACGUGAGACGCCUGGGCGGCAAGUAUGACAAGCCCCCCAAAGGCGCAGACGAAACCAAGGAUUUCCACUAUCGCAAACGCACCAUCUGGAUCAAUCUCGUCGUCCUCUUCCGCCUCCUGCUCAUGGCACAGCAUCUCUCCUUCGACCAUGACAACUUUUGGAAAUUCGUCCGCCUCAAGUGGGGAACUGGAACCAAUGCGUCCGAUACCAAAUUCAUCGUCAACCUUUACGCUGACCGUCGCCACACAUACCUCAACAACCGCCACAUCCAAAGGCGCCAUGAGGAUCUCUUGACCGACCUCAUUGACGCCUGGGUAUCCCGCGGUGGCGACCUUCCCCUGCCUAGGUGGCCCAGGAGAGACGACAUCACCGCUGAAUGGGAGAGGCUUAAUGCUGAUUGGGACCGCUUCCUCCAAUACGGCGACUAUUCUCUCCUCAUCGACCCUGAUGACCCCCCUACUCUUGGUCGCUUUCCUGAAGAUCGAGGCACCCCUGCUCCCUUCAGAAUCAAAGGCGAAGGCUUGCGCUCUCGCUCUCAGAGCACUGGCUAUGACCGUGACCAGUCGUCUACCCAAACAUCUAUGGCCCCUCCUCCCCGGAACAACGACCCCCCAACCCCGCCCUCUCCCCCUUCUAGGCCUUUGACACCAAACACCACCGAAGUGGCUGUCGACGAGCUCAUCGAGUCGGAGGGAAACCCUGCCCAGAAGCGCAAGCCUCACCCCGACGACCUCGAUCCAAUUCCCACCAAGCGCCGUUGCAUAGAGGACGAUCUAUCCUCCCCAUGGGUGAGAGCACCUAGUCCAGCUCCUGAGGAUUUGGAAGCGGACGCAACUCAUCCCGAAUCAGGAUCUGGCCCCACUGAGAAGCACACAUCACAUCAACUGGUCGCCAUGAUUGAACGGGCCAGGAGUGAUAUUCAAGACCUUGAAACUAGGCAUGAGAAUCGACUUGAUUCUCUCAAAGAACGUGCUGGAGAGCACAGAGAUACGCUUCAGUAUCUCGAAGAAAAGGCCGGAGAACAUGCUGAUAUGCUUCAUUCUCAUGCGUCAAGGGCCGGCGAACACGGAGUCCAACUUCUAGAACUCAACACGAGAACGAAUGACCAUCGAGAUAAGCUUGCUUCUCUGGAAUCAAAAUCCAGCAGAAAUGAAGAGAGAGUGGGCAGUCUCGAGACGCGAACCAGCCAGUAUUGGGGCUCUCUAUCAUCCUUCGAAAUGAGGACCAACGCCCACGAAAAACAACUGAGCAUUCUUGAAGCAAAGUCGGACCAUCACAAGGACAAGUUUUGUUCACUCGAAGCAAAAACAGGCACGCAAGAAACAGCUCUGGGUUUCCUCAAGACAAAGGUUAGCGAGCACGAGAAGAAGCUCAAAUCGCCCCAGUCCCACGGCAAUGUCGGCGAGCAGGCGACAAUGCCGGGCCCCUCAAAGGCCAAUGCUCAUGCAGAGGCACUACAAUUACUCCAAGAAGACGCUGGUAAGCAAAGCGAGGCGCUUCAAUCUGUCGAGCAAAGGGUGGAUGAUCUUGAGAGGAAAUCUAGCCUUCAGUCGCAUCAGCUUGGCAGCCACCAGAAGCAGAUUGACGACCAAAAAUGCCAACUUGACAACCAUCAUAAGCGGCUAGACGACUACCACAGACAGCUCGAUGAUCAUCACAACAAGAUUGUUGCUCACGCUCAGGAGACGUUGCUGCAAUCUCUCCAAGACAAGGCGGGAGCGGACGAAAACAUGACGCAGUCGUUGCAAGACCUUAAGGCAAAAGCCAGUCAAUUACAAACGACCAUUGGCAACUAUCGGGCUGAGCUUGACACUGUCAAACUGAGACUUGCAAAAUCAGAAGAGACGACUAGCCAGUUGGGCAAAACUAGUGUCCACAAUGCGGCUUUCACGAUUCUAAGUUCCAAAGUCGACGGGAAUCUAGGAAGACUGAGCUCCAUGGAGGAGGCCGUUGCUCAACUCACCAAGAGUUCGACGACGAAGCUGAAUGAGCAUGUGAAUAUCCUAAACUCCUUAAGAGCGUCGACUGCCAGGCUUGACAAGACGAGCGGGGAGUCCAAAGCCACGCUUGAUUCACUCGAAGCCAUGGUUACCCGGCAAAGCGAACAGUCUCAAGCAGUCGCCAAAACAAUCGACAGCCUCAGGAAAAUGAACGACGUGUUCAAUGCCAUGCUUGACUCACUCGAAGGCAAGGUUGACCAGCAAAGCCAACAAUCUCAAGUAGUCGCCAACGCAGUGGACAGCCUUCAGGGAACGAACGACGAGUUCAGCACCAAAGUUGAGUCUCUUGAAACCGACUUUGGCAAAUACAGGGACCAGUUCCAUUCUCUCAAGACUGUCGUCGACAGCCUUGAAAAGACUAUACGCGAGUCCGCGAACGUUAAAACCCUUGAAGCCACGUUUGGCGAGCACAAAGACGAGCUUCACACUCUUCAAAAGGCGGUUGGUGAUUUUGAUAGGACGACUGUCGAGCACGACGAGAACAUCCGAGCGCUUCAAGAGCAGAUGAAGCUUGUCCGGGAGUCUGGCGACCUCUCCCGUGAUGUCCACAAAGCUCACAAUGAUCUUACCCUUUUCACAGCGUCCCAAUGCCAGGCAGCAUUGGAGAAACUUGAUACAUUUGCUGCAGACCUCUCUUCACUCCGGAAGGAAGUUGAAUCGUGUCGUCAAACUACCGACGAAGCAAGAGAUUGGCAGACUCAACGUGAAGAAGCCAACAAAACUCGGGCGCGCCUACUAGACAUUGAAUCAGUGGCGACAAUACGAAAAGAACAGAGGGAACAGCUUGAUCGGGACCACAAGCUUGAUACCCGAAUCAAGAUCGCGGAUGACCGUAUCUCACGUGUAGACGCAAGUGCCAAAGCUACGACGAAGACCCUCAAAGGGUUACAAUACCGGCAGCAAGAGUUUGCAGAGGAGGUCGAUGACCGGCUGGCCACAACAGGCAAACAUCUCGCGGCGGUGAUGGCGAGGGUGGAAUUAUUGCGGAACAGCAUGGAUGAAAGCAUGAAUGCCAGGCUUUCCAAGUUGGAAAGUGGGUUGAAAAACCAGAGCAUAAUCAGCCCUGCCGUUGAAGAACGUCUGACGAGAAUGGAGGAUGCUAUCCAAACCAACACCACAUUAAUCGGCAACUGUAGGACAUUGGUCGAAGUAAGCAAGACGUCGUUAGACCAACAGUUCAGCACCCUGGGCAACCGGGUUAGUCUACUGGAGCAGCGACUCAACCGUCGCAUGGCUGAACAGGAACAGUCUGCUAAAGCUCAAGCCAUGCGAAUGGACCGCCUGGAGGCUGCGUUGGCGCAGCAGAUGGGUACGAACAGCCAAUAUCGUGGGUAG